CCGCGGCUGCUGCUAUGGCGCACAUCACCAUUAACCAGUACCUGCAGCAGGUAUAUGAAGCCAUUGACACCAGAGAUGGAGCGUCCUGUGCAGAGCUGGUGUCCUUCAAGCACCCUCAUGUCGCGAACCCACGGCUCCAGAUGGCCUCUCCAGAAGAGAAAUGCCAGCAAGUUUUGGAGCCCCCUUAUGACGAAAUGUUUGCGGCUCAUUUAAGGUGUACCUACGCUGUGGGGAAUCACGACUUCAUAGAGGCGUACAAAUGCCAGACAGUGAUAGUCCAAUCAUUCCUUCGGGCUUUCCAGGCUCACAAAGAAGAAAACUGGGCUCUGCCUGUCAUGUACGCAGUAGCACUUGACCUCCGCGUGUUUGCCAAUAAUGCAGAUCAGCAGUUGGUAAAGAAGGGGAAGAGCAAAGUUGGAGACAUGCUGGAAAAGGCCGCCGAGCUGCUGAUGAGCUGCUUCCGAGUCUGCGCCAGUGACACCCGCGCUGGCAUAGAGGACUCUAAGAAGUGGGGGAUGCUGUUCCUGGUGAACCAACUAUUUAAAAUCUACUUCAAGAUCAACAAACUCCAUUUGUGUAAACCUCUUAUCAGAGCCAUCGACAGCUCGAAUCUGAAAGAUGACUAUAGCACGGCACAGAGGGUCACAUACAAGUACUAUGUGGGGCGCAAGGCCAUGUUUGACAGUGACUUCAAGCAAGCUGAGGAGUACCUGUCGUUUGCCUUUGAGCACUGCCAUCGCUCCAGCCAGAAGAACAAGAGGAUGAUUCUGAUCUACCUGCUGCCAGUGAAGAUGCUGCUGGGUCACAUGCCGACCAUCGAGCUCCUGAGGAAGUACCACCUGAUGCAGUUCUCAGAAGUGACCAGAGCUGUCAGUGAGGGCAACCUGCUGCUGCUCAAUGAGGCGCUGGCAAAGCACGAGACUUUCUUCAUCCGCUGUGGUAUCUUCCUCAUCCUGGAGAAGCUGAAGAUCAUCACUUACAGGAACCUCUUCAAGAAAGUAUAUUUGCUACUCAAAACACAUCAGCUGUCUCUAGAUGCCUUUCUGGUUGCUUUGAAGUUCAUGCACGUGGAAGAUGUGGACAUUGACGAAGUCCAGUGCAUUCUGGCCAACUUGAUACACAUGGGUCACAUUAAAGGUUAUAUCUCCCAUCAGCAUCAGAAACUGGUCGUCAGCAAGCAGAACCCUUUCCCUCCGCUGUCCACGGUGUGCUAAGGCCCAGGCCCUGCAGGUGGAGAGCUCCUUUUGCAGCUGUCCUCUGUAGCUCAAGUCUCCGGGGCUUCCCCAGCCCCCCGAGGCAGCUGCCAGCACCUGAGGGACUCGCCGUGUUCCCAUUGUCCUAAUCAUGCCAGCCUCGCUAAGACCUGGAAUUCUUUUUCAGGACGGACAAACAGCCUGCUGCUGGCCUGUGGUGCCUGUGAACUUCUGGGAGGGAAACAGCUAUGCUUCCGUUUUAUGUUGUUUAUGGAGGCUGUCUUUGUAACACUUUGUAGUGUUUUCUUUCUUUCCUUCUUUCUCUCUUCCUUUUUAAGAACAGGUAAUCCACAUUUAUACAGCGGGCGGGCGCCUUCUUGUGUGUUAAGUGAUGUAUCUAUUUUCAUAUGCGAAAUGUCAGCCUUUUGUGAGCUCAAAAUGCUUAGUUAACUUGAGGCUUCUUUUUAAAAAGUAGAAUUUAGGGGCUGGGGAUUUGGCUCAGUGGCAGAGCGCUUGCCUAGGAAGCGCAAGGCCCUGGGUUCGGUCCCCAGCUCCGAAAAAAAGAACAAAAAAAAAAAAAAAAAAGUAGAAUUUAGGGGGUGGAGAGGUGGUUCAGUCAAGACAGCUACUGCUGUGCCAGAGGGGGUGUGUUUGUUUCCUAGCAUUCACAUGGCAGCUCACAGCCAUCUAACUCCAGUUCUAGGAAUCCAUUGCUUUUGGCCUCCAUGGGCUCCUGCACAUGUAUGUACAUAAGCUUACUCGGGCAAACGGGCAAAUGUAAGCAAAUAAGUCUUCUUAAAGAAAAGCAGAAUUUAGUCUGAUGUAAAAUUUUCAGCUCUCUGCUCAUUUUCCUAUGGUUCUGAAGGCUAUGGGACUAAGGCAAGGCCUGACUGUUGGGCUCUGGUCAGGGGCCCUUCUGCGCUACUGUUGCUUGUCCUCGGCCUCUCUUCCUUUUCCUACAGCCUCUGUGCUGCCAGGCCCUCACUCUGCAGCUAUGUCCAGCUUAACCCCUUCCAGAAACUCUGUCUCUAGGCAGUUGGCCUGGACAGGGCUUCAGCAAAAGAUUCUGGGCACAAAACAUCCUGCAGUGCUGGAGACUGCUGCUGCUUUCUCCUUCCUCUUCUUCCUCCUCUUCCUCCUCUUCUUUUUAAUAAAUAGUUUAUUUAUUUUA